GCUUCUUUGUGCUCGGUGUCGUGCAGGGCGUGACAUCGUGGCUCGUAUAUGUCAGCCUGUUCACGCGGUGCUUUCCACUCGCAACGCGAUUGGUUAACUUGCCUCUCAAAGACAAGUUCAAGGAUUGGCCUGGGCUGCGGCAGCUGUGUCUGCAGAUUGCUUUCGACCUGGCCGUGUAUGUGCCUUUUGUACAUUUUCCAGUCUUCUAUAUUGCACAAGGCGCUGUGCACGGCGAGGAUGCAUCAUCCAGCCUGUCCAGGUGGCGUUCUAACCUCCUGGAAGAUGCUGCAGGUGGAGCUGCAUUUUGGCUCCCAAUGGAUGUGCUGUGCUUCACCGUUCCAAUGUGGCUCCGCAUGCCGAUCGGGUACUUUACCACUUUCUGGUAUGCGGCGCUGCUUUCCGUGUUUCGGGGCAGUGAGUUGUCAGUUUCCUUGGAAAAGAAAGAUAUGUUUCAGACAACUUCGGCUGGAGCAAAUUGUUCUCCAGGCUGA